UACACAGCCUCCGCGAUUGCAGUGGUGUGCUCUUUCGGUUUCCUUCCACCUGGUUGUCGCUUGAUAUUCAUUCCCUCGCGGGCCGCGCGCCAGUGGUAACAGUCGGCCGACGAAAAACCGGUGGUUUCCACACACGUUCGCCUCAGAAGGGCAUCCGCAGAGGAUCAACAGAAUCCGCCCUAGGCCGCCGACACCAUGAAACUUACGCUGUUCACAAUAUUAGCCCUCUGUAUAAUAGCUGUUUGCAAAUCAGCCGAAGAGGAGUAUGAUUAUGAAGAAGAGGCAGCAGCGCCGGUGACGCCGGCGCCGACAAAGCCAGCAGGUGGUCGACUGGGAGGUCUUCUAUCUUCGAGGGGACGUGCCACUAUACCAAAUGUAGGAAAAAAGAAAACACCGGCACAAUCAACGACGUCGAAGCCGAUAGAACAAGCACCCGAAGAAGACGAGGUGGAAGAAGAAGACGCGGUUGAUGAAAAUGAAGAAAACGAAGCGCCCACGACGACGACCGAAACUGCGAAGAAACUUCGGAAUAACGGUGGUGUCAGGCCUUUCAGAUCGAACGAGGAUCUUUUGGCUGCCUUGAAGAGACGAAGAGCUCAGACAGGACCCAGCACUCAGUCACGUGAAACUGCUGCCACGCAUUCUGCAGUGGAACACACCACAGCCAAGUCAAAAGCCACCACAAGUAAUCGUAACAAUAAUAGCAAGACCAACGCAGGUAGCGAGACCAAACCAUCGGGACGCGGCAGGUUCGGAGGAAGAGGAAAGACUGUUCAGGAGGAGGUCGAGGAGACUCAACGAGAGGAGGUCCAAGUAAAACCCAAAGCCAGCUCCUACCGCAGGCGCAGUUAAACCGAUCGCUAAUUCGUGAUGAGAGUUGCCUAAGUUUGUUGAUUUCUUAGAACGCGCAUCAAUCGAAUUCCACAACCGAUCAGCGCCCGAAAACCGUCGUCUUUCUCACAGUGUACAAUUUUAUAAAACAAUCCUGCUUGCCGAAUUCUUAGGAACUCAAAAGUCACUCAAAAGUUAGAACAAAAAGUCACUAUACAUCAAAAAGACGUCAAAAUGUCUUCAAAAUGAUUACUAAAAAUUAUUCGAUCAGUACAAUUUAUUUUAACGUCAUUCUGACAUUAUCGUGACUUGUUAUCCUGUCCGUGAAUGAACUCGGAGCGUACUUUCGAUUUCCGUGUACACGAAUUUUCGAUAUACAAUUAAUACUAAAUAAGAAUUGUAUAAAUUACGGCAGCUUCGUUUACAUUUUACCGCGCGGUAUUAAAAAUGUAAACGAUCAAUGGAAAGCUAGGAAAUAUCAAUUAUAAGAAAUAGAAUAUCAAUUAUGUUACGACGGGUAUUAAUCGAAAGGAACAAGAUCUUUCUCUUACUCAAGGAACACAUAAAAGUCAACAAAAAAUCAAAGCGAUUUUAUUUUAAUUCUUAACGUUAGUAAACAAUUAAAUUUUGUAACCAAAAAUCAUCAGCUUGACUUUCAUGACGUCAAAAUAAAGUCAUUUUGACUUCCUCUUAACUUGGUGCGUUCCUUAGGUAACCAUACUGAGUUUCGAUCGACGCGUGCAUAAGGGAUGAUGGAGUAGUGAUGUGUACAUAGCAAAACACUGUCGUCCGUCAAGCACCUAAAUCACCUAUUGUAUAAAUGUAAAUUAAUGUGACAAUAAAGUUUCUCUGGAAAGCG